AUGUCUGACUUUGAGAAGAAACUGGCCACGUCCAGCGACGAGGGCGUGUUGACGCCGUCUUCACCCUCGCCGCAGCCUUCGACCAAGGAGCCUGGCGAGGAGCCUACGAGCCUCGAUGCCGCCGAGGACGCCGACCCUGCGCGGACGAUUCACGGUGUCAAGUGGUUCCUCGUCGUAUGCGCCCUCCUCUCGGCCCUGUUCCUCUACGCCCUCGACAACACCGUCGUCGCCAACGUCCAGGCCAAGAUCGUCCAGACCUAUCACCGCGUCGACCUCGUCCCCUGGCUCGGCCUCUCCUUCGCCCUCGCCUCCGCCGCCACGACCCUGCCAUGGUCCAAGGCCUACGGCACCUUCUCCGCCAAGAAACUCUACCUCGGCUCCACGACCGUCUUCAUGGCCGCCUCGGCCCUCUGCGGCGCCGCCCCCGACAUCAACUCCUUCAUCGUCGGCCGCGCCAUCGCCGGCGCCGGCGGCUGCGGCAUGUACAUGGGUCUCCUGACGCUGUUGUCCGUGACCACCACCAACGUCGAGCGGCCCAAGUACCUCAGUCUCACCGGCUUCGUCUGGGGAAUCGGGACCGUCCUGGGUCCCGUGGUCGGCGCAAGUCUCGCCGAGAGCAAAGCCACGUGGAGGUGGGCUUUCUAUCUGAACCUGCUGGUCGGCGUCGUCGUCGGCCCCAUCUACUUCAUCCUGCUGCCCGACUUCAAGCCCCAAGCCGGCGUCCCUCUGGCCCAGCGCCUGGCCCAGAUCGACUACCUGGGCACCGUGCUCUCCAUCGGCGCCAUGCUGUGCGUCAUCAUGGCCAUGAACUUUGGCGGCGUCCUCUGGAGCUGGAACCACGGCGAGAGCAUCGGCCUCUUCGUCACGGCCGGCGUCCUGGCCGUCCUCUUUGUGCUGCAACAGGUCUACUACGUCGGCACGUCGAGGACGAACCGCCUGUUCCCCAUGCAUUUCUGGAAGAGCCGCACCAUGAUCUGCCUCUUCUUCACCAUGAUGCUUGCAACGUUCGGGAGCUUCAUCGGCAUCUUCUACCUGCCGCUCUACUACCAGUUCACCCGCGGCACCUCGGCCGUGGAAACAUCCGUGCAUCUCCUGCCCUUCAUCCUGUUCCUGGUGGCGUUCAACCUGCUGAACGGGCAGUUCAUGGGACAUACCGGAUACUACUACCCAUGGUACAUUGCCGGCUCGGCUCUUGAGCUCAUCGGCGGCGUGCUCCUGUACACCGUCGACGAGCACACCUCCAACGCCAAGAUUUACGGGUACACCAUCAUCCUGGGGACGGGCGUCGGCUGCUUCUGCCAGGCGGGCUUCGCCGUCGCCCAGAUGAAGGUGCUGCCGAGCGAGAUCCCGUACAGCGUCGGCUUCAUGACCGUCGGCCAGAUGAUCGGCAUCGUCCUGGGCACCGGCAUGUCGGGCGCGCUCUUCGUCAACUACGGCCAGCGCGCCCUGGCGGCGGUGUUCCCCGACGUCUCGGCCAGCGAGAUCUCCGACGCCCUCGCCGGCGUGGGCAGCGGGCUGAUCGACUCCGCGUCGGCCGACGUCCGGGCCGAGGCCAUCCACGGCAUCACGCGCGCCAUCCAGCUGGCUUAUGUGCCCAUCAUCGCCGCCGGCUCCAUCUGCUUGGUCUGCAGCGUCCUCAUGCGCAGGGAGAAGGUCUUUGGUUGA